AUGGGUGAUAAAGAUAUGCCAAUGGAUAUAAUUACGGAGGAGAAUGCACAUAGAUUUAAAAUAGAGGAUAUCGAUAGUAGUGAUGAAGAUCUGAAGGAUAUAGAAUCUAUAUUAUAUGAAAAGAAUAAAAAUAGUUUUGAAAGAUUGGCAAAUGAUUUAAUUACCGGUAAGCGAAUUGUGUUUAUCACGGGUGCCGGUCUGAGCGUACCGAGUGGUCUAUCUGCAUAUAGAAAUACAAAGAAGGCUAUUUGGGAAGAGUUUAUAGUUAAUUGGGGUACAAGAAAGAAGUUUAAACAAAAUCCUGCUUCUUGGUGGAAUCAAUUUUGGUUGAGAACACAUGAAAAACAAGAAUAUAUAGAUGCACUACCAAAUACUGGUCAUUUUGCAAUAAACAAUCUCAUCAGACUCUGUAAUACUAGAAUUAUCACACAAAACAUUGACGAACUCCACCUGAAAUCAGGUGUACCCGAACCAAAAGUAAUCGAAAUACAUGGUCGAAUUGGAUUAUAUAAAUGUAUUAAACCUGGUUGUAAAUAUACAUAUGAUGAAUCAAUCUAUGAUUUAGAUAUAAACUCUUAUGCAAUAAAUGGUACAUCUAUGAAAGAUGCGGUAUCACAAUCGAAAAUUGUAGUCAGAUGUGAUCAUCUGAGGAGUGGAAUAGGAACAAUCAAACUUUAUAGUGAUUUCCAUCAUCUUUUGAAUAGAGAAUACUGUGUUUUCAGUUAUGCCACCAGUAUUCUAGUUUAUCCAAUGGUAUCGUUCCCCUUGAAUUUCAUGUUGUCUCAUUAUAUGGAGUUGUUUGGACGUAUCUGCUCUCACUUCCAAUCGGUUGUACUUCAUUAUGAUUAUAGUGUCGAUACCGAUUUCAUGGGUAUCAUGAUCGACGUGGUAAAUAAAUCGAAAAAACCGAUUGCAUUCGAUGGAAUCUACUCGAAUGCCGAAUCCAAGUUUUUCCAGGUUUUCAAAGAGUGUCGUGUUCCCAUUAGAUACAUUCCAAACUUCCCAUUGGCAGAAUCAACAGAGACAUCGGUUUCCACUGAGAUCAAAGAUCGUCUUCUUCGAUCAGUCCAAAACGAUGGUUAUCUAGAGAAGUUAGGUUGUUAUUCGUCGGUUCAGUUGCAUACACCUAUACCUUUGCAAUCCAGCAGUUCGCUGAAAUCAUUUGAAUAUGUACUCUAUCACAAUGAUCCGAUCACUCAUGAACUUGAUUAUCUCAGUCAGUGUAAACAACUAUCGAAACUAUCGAUAUCAUUCAAUAGUAUAUCAAUGCAUGCAGUCGAAAUUGUAAUGUUCAUGUCAAAAUGUGAAACUCUUACAAGUUGUGAAUUCGGUCUGGACUUUUCAGAUGUAAUCAUAUCAAGAAUCUUAUCAAAUCCAAACAUUAGAAAGUUAAAGUUACAACGAUGGGUUAAAAAUUCACAGAUGAAUGAACUGCAGCCGAUUCUAGAUCAAUUGAAACUGAAUAUUAAUAGUGUUUCAGCAUGUAGUCUUCCAAAUACAUCACUUAGAAGAUUGGUAUUUCAAGAAAUACAUAGAACCAUUACAUUGGAUAAUGAUAACUAUAAAGUCUUCUUCAAUCCAACUACAUACAUUACAAGACUAUCAGAGUUAACUAUGAGGACAAUACUUCCUGGACACAAAGAAUGGUUAUCUACUUUGGGUAGUGAUACUACUCUAGAGUAUCUUUCACUCAAUUCCAAUGUCUAUUCUAAACUGGCAUUUUUCAAUUGUAAUCAUUUGGAGAAUCUGAUCGUAUUGAAUCAAACACUCAGAAAGUUAUCUAUUGGUAGUGGAGUGUCUAUGAAGAUCGAUGACUUGAAGAGAUUUGUGGAGAUAUUAGAUAGUAAUACAUCACUACAUACAUUGGAUAUCAUUGUAAAUACUCAAAGGUGUGAGCUACCAGCUGCUCUUAAUUCGCUGACUCGUUUCAAAUUACAUCGAAUUCAUGAAGAGCAAUUAAAUACAAUUCAUUAUUACUAUAAUGUUAGGAAUAAUCAUACUCUGAAUGAACAAUCCGGAUUCAAUCUCACUGGUCAAACAAUUUACAGUAACUUUUUAAAUGCAUUGUCUUAUUUUGGUAUUAGAAAAACAUAA